UGUAUGUUGCAACUUGACAAUCAUGGCGAGCACGUCGAGAAUGGAAGCGAAUAAGGUGGUGUGUUAUGCUCAUCCCGAUGCUCCGCUCAUUGAGGAUUAUAGAGCGGGUGACAUGAUAUGUUCAGAAUGCGGCCUCGUUGUUGGCGACAGAGUUAUUGACGUAGGAUCUGAAUGGCGUACAUUCAGUAAUGAGAAGUCAGGAGUUGACCCAUCUCGUGUUGGUGGUCCAGAGAACCCACUUCUGUCUGGAGGUGAUCUUUCCACUAUAAUUGGUCCUGGACGAGGAGAUGCAUCUUUCGAUAGCUUUGGAGUAUCGAAAUACCAAAACAGACGAAACAUCAGCAGUACUGACAGAGCUCUCAUUAAUGCCUUCAGAGAAAUAAACACGAUGGCUGAUCGUAUCAACUUACCAAAAACAAUUGUCGACAGAGCAAACAAUUUAUUUAAACAGGUUCAUGACGGUAAAAACUUGAAGGGUAGAGCGAAUGAUGCAAUAGCAUCUGCUUGUUUAUACAUUGCAUGUCGGCAAGAGGGUGUACCGCGUACUUUUAAGGAAAUUUGCGCUGUCAGUAAGAUCAGUAAGAAAGAAAUUGGUAGAUGUUUCAAACUCAUCCUUAAGGCAUUGGAAACAUCAGUCGACUUGAUCACGACCGCAGAUUUCAUGUCUCGUUUCUGUUCAAAUUUGGCACUGCCGAACUCAGUACAAAGAGCCGCAACACAUAUUGCGAGGAAAGCUGGGGAAUUGGAUAUUGUAUCUGGAAGGAGUCCCAUUUCGGUUGCCGCCGCCGCUAUAUAUAUGGCUUCACAGGCGUCAGCAGAUAAACGCAGUCAGAAAGAGAUUGGUGAUAUUGCUGGUGUAGCAGAUGUUACAAUCAGGCAGUCGUACAAGCUGAUGUAUCCAUUUGCAGCGAAAUUGUUCCCAGAAGACUUCAACUUCGCAACACCCAUCGAGUUCCUGCCGCAGAUGUAAAUGUGUUAAGUGUUAAUUGUAUACAGUGGAAUCAAUAUAUGGUGAGUUUGAUAUAAAGUAGUAAUAAGUUGAAAGUAAUAGUUUUCAUAUGUUAAAUUGCUAUACAUAGCAUUAUAAGUUUGCUACAAAAUUAAAUGGAUGUUAUAUAAUUAUUAUUGUAUAAAUAUAUAAUAUAACAGUUAGUUAAAUUCGAAAUUUAUUAUAUGAUAUCAAGAAACUAACUUGAAAUUUAUAAGAAUCAAUACUUUAGCUGUAUUUAUUAUUGAUGAUAAAAACUGCAUUUGACUACCGAUGUUCACAGACUAUUGGGAUCUGAUAUUUAUAUCAGAUAUGAUAACUUUGAACCCACCCAGGUGGGUUGCACAAAGCACUGCCACAUAUCACGGAUUUUAAUUUUUUCAUUAUAUAAAAUGAUUUAAAAUCAUUUGUUUCGAGUUACAUUGACUUCAUUGGCAUAAUAUUGACGGCAAUAAUACAUUUAUAUAACAAUAAAUAUGGUGGAAAAAAUUCAGUUGUAACUUUGUUUAUUGUGUGAGAUCCCAGUACAAUAUGAACAGUAAGAAAGUGAAUGAUAUCUGUCACUUUUCCAAAUAACUAUUAUGACCAAGCUAAUAUGUGAUGACUUAAAUAGACUGAAAUUUAACAUUUAAUUUGACAUUUUGUUACUGUUAGUAGAAAAGGUUUUAUGUGAAAAUUGUGUAUUAAGCAGGAGAUUAUGAAAACUCAUUUGUGUGUAUUCAUAUUUUUUUCUUUUGUAUUAUUAAAUUGCAACUCAAUUUUCACACACAAUCUUUUUCACUGACAUAGUUAAGCCGUUUCGUAAAUGUUUUUCUUUCUGACCGGUUAUAAAAAACAGUAAUUAUUUAAGCUCUUACUCCUACACAAUGAAAAUAAAACUUUCUUAAUAAAUAAUAGAGGUAAGAUUGUUUUAAAUACCAUUAAAUAUAAUUUAACUUAGAAAUAAUUUAUGUGUAGAAUAAUUCAUUGUAUAGAUGGGAAAAGAUCAGUAUCAAUGUAAUAUAAUAUUUUUGAUCCACUCGUUUUUCAUUAUAUGUACAGUUAUGAAAAAAAGAUUAUAAAGAACUUCAUUUUUCUCAAAUUUUGAGAGUUUGUUGGACACAGUCACGAGUAAGACAUUUUGUUUGCUCAUCAAUAAGUACAAGAAUAAAUGAAACUAAUUGCUUUGAAAUCUGGUGAUUUGGCUCGUUUAUAAUAAUACACUUAUUAAAUAUUUACUCGUGCAUGCAAGUCAUAAUUAUCUUUAACAAUUGUAGAACAAAGAUAUUAUUAGAUUUUAUCGUUGCAAAAAUGUAGUUAUUUUAAUAAUUAUCUAAUUUAUAUCAAGAUCGAUAGAGAUAUAAUAUGUAGUUUUUUAUUUAGUGCUCAAUAUGUUUGUAUACUUGCGGACACUAAUAUAAUUCAAGACCAGUAUUUUUAAAUACAUGUGCCGAGUAUGAGGAUGUAUAAAUACCAAUAGAAGCAGUAUAAUUAGUACUACUAGCUUUUUCAGCGCUCAAUUAGCAAAUAACUUCCCACGAGUAUUUCCCGCCAGUACUAGGGUGCCCCAUUUAAAAUUAUUUAUCUUUUCUUACCAGUACUAGAGUGACAUACUUUGAUAUUUAGAACCUGGUAAAGUUAAAAUGUCUCAUUCCAAGUUCGAUUGUAUUUGACCCACACAAAGACCUACAUAGGUGAAGUUAAAUAAAACAUAGUACAUUGGUUUUGUGAAAACAAUAAUUCUUUCAUUUGUUCUACUAAUUAUGAUGAGUUAUAAUUAAUAAUAACAGUUAAAAAAGCUAAUAUGUAUCUGAAUAUAUUAUUUUUGUCUUAAAGAGAGUUAAGUUUUGAUAAUGAAAAUGUAUGAAUUUGGUCAUUUAAAAGUGUAAAGGUUUCGCCCUUCUUUUAUAAUUAUCUUGUAUUUCGAAAAAACUCCUUUAUAUGAAAAUUAACUGAUUGUAAUAAAAGCUAUCUUCAAAAGAUUUCUUAACUGACAUCUUAUUAUGAAAAUAAUAAUUUUCAAUAAUAAUAAGACAGACAUUUUAAACAUUUCGUUCGUUACCAGGGCUGCCUGUCCCGCACGUAAAGUGGCAGAGCAACGAGCUUGUAUUCAUAUCUACUGAAAAUGAUCGUAUCUUUUUAUUACUCAAAUCGUAUUGAAACACGCGGCUUUAACUAUAAAUGUUUGGGGAGAUGACUUAAAGAAUACUUUGAUGUCUUUUGAAUUACAAAGAGAAAAAUAACGUUUUUAACUAAAAUUCCGUCGAACAACUUUUAUAAGUAAGAUCGUUAUGUUUUGGAACUAUUAUUACGAAUUACGAUUAUAUUCUCAUUAUUUCUAUUGCUUAUGUACGGGACUCAAUAAAAACGAUCUGAAGGUCUGAAUAUGUUCACAGAUAACAUAUGGAAUAAUAAUAUGUUUAUUUCAACUAUGUUAUUAGAUAUGAAUCCAAGUUUAUACAUAGUUUAGUUCUUCAUAUGACACAGAAACGCUGUACAUAAUUUCAGCUUUCUAUUGACGUUUAAAUGGCGGGAAAAUAUCACAUUGGACGCCAUAUGCAUUUUCUUCUGUUUUCUGUGUACAUUUUUAAUAUUUGGAUUAUCUGAUCUGAAUCAAUAUUUAUUUAUAGGUAUGUACAAAAACCGAUUAAAAUUAAACUCAUAAUUUAUUUAUUAUUCAUUUUUAUUCUUUGUCAGCUAUCAUUGUGAAAGUUAUUUACGUAUGAAAGAGACAAAGUGUUUUUUUAUGUAUAACUUUAAAAUCAUUUAUUCCAUAAAACACUUUUUGAAAUAGUAAUUAAAUAAAUAUCUAAAGAAAAGACAUUCAAUAAAUAUCAAUUAAUUCUUGUUUUACAAAUUAUUAUAUAAAAGUAUGUCAGUACGAUAAAUGGUAUGUGUGAGAUCUUGUUUGUAAUUUUAGAUUAAGUAUUUACACUGA